AUGUGCAAUCCCAGGGAUGACGAAGAAAUAUACGACGUUGACGACGAAGAAGACGAUGAAUCGACCAACAUACAAUGCGGAAUGUGCAACGCGAUUUUUCCCAACAAACAAAAGUUCUUCGAUCACUCCCCAAAAUUCGUAGGAGGUUUUUACGAAUGCUGCAAAUGCAAAGCCCGCUUCAGAGAUGUUGAUGCUCUUUAUAAUCACUUCGACUCCCAUCGCAAGCCCGGCGGUAACGAAAUGGUACUCAACUAUGAAGAUCAAGAAGUACUGGUACAGUCAAAUGAAGCUAACGAUCAACUGUUAUACAUUCUGGAUGAAGAAACGCAAUGUGUCAAUGAGGUUGUGGUAGAGCAGCAAGAAAGACCUGUCAGAGGUAUGGAGUUGGUGAACAUGGAACAUGGAUACGUUCUGGAUGAGAGUGAGAGGAUAAUCGAAGAAGAAGAGCUAGAAGAUGAAGACGGGAAUAUCGUUAUAAGGAGGAGAGUACUAUCAGGUACCCCGAAGAAACUGUACCGAACACAGUCUCAGAUACCGAACAAAAGAACUCCUCAACCGAAAAGGCGUCACGAAGAACCCGACUUUUCAGCGGCGAAUUACGAAUACGUUGAAGCUAACGAUGUGAUAGAAGUACCUCACUAUAAAUGCAUGAGGUGCGAGCAGCUUUUCAUAAACAAAUUCGGCUUCUUCAGACACAUCGAGAAGGGCAAAUGCUACACCAACAACUGUGACGUUUGCAACGCUACGUUCAGUAGCAACAGCGAUUUUUUUGCGCAUUACACGCAGUGUCACACCGACCGCGCGGUAUGCAACUUUUGCUUCAGGACGUUCAUGUACGAGAAGAACGUGAAAGAGCACAUGUUGCGCCAUCUAGAUCAAUUCAGGCACCGAUGUGAAGAGUGCAGUAAAGGGUUCUACACGGUGAGGGAGUACAGGAAUCAUUAUAAGAACAGGCAUAUGGGGAUCAGGCACAAGUGUGAGGAAAAAAUCUCAAACCCGUCUAAACAGAAAUAUAGAUGCGCUGAAUGUUUUGAAACAUUUACUGAUAAAGCUCAACUGGAAACUCAUAAACAUUCUCACAAAACAAGCCAAGAUAAAAUAGGAGAUGUUGAUAUUAAAAGAGAAGAUUCUUUUGAAGUUGUAGAAGAAGAGAUUGGUAUAGGACAGCUGAACGAUAAAGACGCGGACUUUAUGUGCGACCGAUGUUACGACGUCUUCAGAACCAAGAAAGAACUGGAAGAACAUAUGGAUUUCCAUGAACAACUAUCCGCUGACUUGAAUCUGAAUAUUGACGAGUCUAUUGACGAACCUGUAAUCGGAAACGUUGACGAAACAUUGACUGUUUCUCUCUGCAGGUUAUCUGCCGAUCCAGAUUUGGAUCUCAACGAAACAGCAGAAACUGUCGAAAUUGAAAGGAAUGUUGGAAAUGAAGCACAAAUUGUCAAGCCUAAUGAAGAAGACAUUGCAACAAAAAAAUCGAGCGAAAAACGGAAGACGUCUAUUGACGAAACUAAUGACAUAUUAGAUGCCAUAGAUGAUUUUUUGGAGCCAAACCAUGCUAGUUCUCCAUCUAAGUCUAAAGCAGAAGAACAAAAUGGAGCAACAACCAAAGUUGAAACUAGAGGGCAGCCUAAAAAAAGAGGACGGAAAAAGAAAUUGUUAUUAGAACAGAAAUCAGCUCCAGGUACUCGAAAGAGGGGAAGACCUGUAGGAAGUACUGCGAAAAGAAAAAUUGUAGAAACGAAAGCUCGGCAAGAAUCGAAGCCGGCUUUAAAAAUAGAGGACGGAAAAUUAGAUGUUACUUCUGCGGUUGUAGAGAAACGUGAACAGAUUGCUAUUAAAAAGAACAUUAAAAGAGCAACACGUUCUUCGUUGUCUGAUACUACAAGUGAAACAAUUAAACAAGAAGAGAAACAGAAAUUAACCGUGGGUCCACGCAAGCGAAGAUUCGAAGAAACUGAUAGGAAAUCCUUACCUAUUACGACGGAUGAAAAAGGCAAAAUAGAAGAUAAACAACAGAAGAAUCACAAUGAUGCGUCAGAAAAAAGGACAAUAAAGAAAGCGAAAAGACAUACGAUAUCUACUGUGACUGAUGAAAAAGUUAAGAAAGAUCAGAAGCUGUUAGUGGCAGGAAAUGGUACUGUAUCUAAAAAAGAGACUGACAAAGUAGAUACACAAUCAGUAUCUCAAGCAAAACCUGCUGAAAGUACGUCAGACAGUUCGUCUGAGAUUGCAUCGAAGGAAAAAACAACUGAUCAAGCAAAAGAGACUGUUAUCAAAAGACGACGUAAGGGCCCAAGAGCCUUAGGUUUUGCAGAAUCACUCCCCGAAGGUAUUGAGAAACCUCGUGUCCCAGAAGCACCUCCAGCGAAAACCGUUGAAGUUUCCGAUAAGCAACCUGAACCAAUCGUAGAACCAGGGGAGCCUGGUACCGAGAAAGACCCCGACGGCGAUGGGUACUAUUUUAUAGAACAAGAGGAUCCACGUUAUGUCGUUCUAUUACCUAAUAGCAAAGUACCGAGAAGACACUACAAAUGUGUAAAAUGCAAAAGGAUUGCAAUGUCGAUACCGGACUUUCACAUUCAUUUGAAAGAGUUAUGCCACGUUUUGAUCACUCGGUGCAGCAUUUGCUCUAGCGUCGAUUUCGAAGGGAACAUUGGGUACUAUAGACAUUUUAUCGAGAACCAUCACAAGAGAAUUUGUAGGUCAAAAGCACUUAGUAAAGAAGAUACCAAAAAAUUAGGUACCAAGAAACUCCUCAUGGUAAAACUAACAAGAAUAGAAAAAGAUCAGACGUUAGUUUUUAAGGAAGGUAAAUACCAACAACGUAGGAGAAGACACACGUGUUAUGUUUGUAUGAAAAAAUUCUAUACUUUUAAAGAAUUAGUAAACCACAAAGCUACACAUUUAUCGUCAGACAGCGAAGAAGAAAGCGUGAAAAUAGCAUAUACCAAAACAAAAGAAGCAGAAAAAAGUUCAGAAAAUCGUGACAAUUUGUCAUCUGAGGAAAAAAACGCUACUGGCAGUAAAAUAAAGGCUGAUAAAAUUGUGGAGAACGAAGAAAGUAAAAAAGCGGCGAGCAAGUUUAAAUGUGACACUUGCAACGUAUUUUUCAACUCACUUGACGAAGCCAAAGCACAUCCAUACCAAAAAUCGUGUAAAUUCUCUUGUAAAGUAUGUAAAAGGCGAUUUAAUACAUUAUACGCUAUGUUAAUUCAUAUGCUGCAACACAAAACUAACGAGGAGGCCAAGAAAAGUAGCGGUUGCAUAUAUAAGUGUGAUAUUUGUGAUAAAGCCUUCAGUGACUGUUUUCAAGUGCACAGACACCAGAUACAGUUUCAUAAAAUAAAAUCUAAAAUUCGGAAACAAACAGCCAAAAAGAAAAAUACAGAAGAGCAAAAUGUUACUCUGCAAAUAAACUCUUAUACCUGCGACUUGUGUUAUGAUGAAUUUAGCAGCAAGAAAGAAUUUGACGCUCAUAUGGAGUUUCACGAACAACUAAAUAACGAUAACAGUGAACCUUCAAUUCAGUUAUAUAAAAACAGCAAAUUUGAAGAUCCUCAAAAGUCUUCUCCAACUCAGUCUGAAAGCAGCACAUCUGUUAGUGAAGCCCCUAAACACGUGGAUAUCAGUGAUACGAUUGUGAUUGACGACGAUGAAGUUGAUAUUAGAGGUGGUGAUGAUAAAGUUAUUGAUGCAGCGACAAGUAAAAGCGCCCCUGAAACUCCCAAAAGCAAACAGGUGUUGACUGAGUCGAUUCUGAAGGACUGGAACGAUAGUGAAACUAUUGAAACAGCGACGAGUGAAGAUGCUGCUCCAGCUAGCUCCAAAAACAAUCAACAACUGACAGAGUUGAUUCUCAAGGAGAUGAUGGGCAAACAAUUUGAACCGAGAGUGAAACCAAAGAAGAGCAAAAGUCAACGCAACGUUGAAAAGAAAAAACCGGAGAUGACACCAAUUGAAGUACAGCAAACUGGACCUUUAAGCUAUCAAGUAGUUUAUACGGACGACGAAAGUGGUGCUACAACUAGUAUUGCGACAGCUACUAAAAGUGAGACUAGCACGACAUCUACCUUACUGAGUUACCAGAUCGUUCCCCAAAGCGCCCAGCCCGGUACUGCAGCCGCUACCAGCGCAAUAGGUACUCCUCCUAAAAUUUUACCUCGCCUAACACCCAUGAGACCCUCUCAGCCUGGGAAGCAGAAUGUACAAAGCGUACCUCAGGUUGUACCCCAGAGUACAUCUUACAUCACAACUCCUCAGGCGCAAACUGUCCAAGCUACGCCUUCUACUUCAGUCGUCAAUCCAACCGACCCAACCAGUAUAGCUUAUGUUAUUAUUCCACCUAGCAACAAACCCCAAGGAACCAAUCUGACGCUGACCCCACAGAUGACAAACGCAAUUAUCAGCGCUUUCAAAAAUCAAAUCAACGUCGCACAAUCGUCGAGUCCUAGUUUUGUGUUUGCUCCAAAUGAGGUGGCACCUGCUUCACCAACACCGCUUAUACCGACGCUUCCUAUAAUCAGUAACGUUACUUCUAUGGCUACUGCCGUCUCCCAAACUGUAGAUACUACCGAAACAACAUCAACUAUGUCUGGGGCACAAGCCAUGGCUAACGUACAACCUCUAGUACACAAACUACCCGCCCUUUUACCUACUUUUCAAAAAGGUACUACGAAAAAAGCUACCAACAUGAGUAGUAGUAGUGCAGUGUCCGAAACGCCGAAAACCGGUACUAAUAGUACUCCUAGCACUACCGUUACAUUUACCAUUACUGUCCCUUCGACUACUACGUCAAGCGCGUCUGCUAAAGAGCAAGAGCCGAUUCUGAUAGAGAGCGAUUCGGACGAUGAAGACACUGGCAGCAAAAGCACUGAUACAGCGAGUGAACCUGGAGGUUUUAUUUCAGUAAAACGUUUAGAAGAUUUGAUUGAAAAGAAGCAAGAAACGAAGGAAACAAAGUAUAAAUGUUCAAAGUGUGGAUUGGAUGUGGAGAAAUUGCACGAUAUGAAAAGUCACUACUUAGAUCAUCACAAUCUUUAUCUGUGUCAAAAAUGCGGUUUUGAGACAACGUCCGUCACAGAUUUUGGUAGUCAUAGAAUUAGUGUACACACUUGUACAAGAUGCCUUUCGUUUUGUAAUGAUUUGUCAACUCAUAAGUGCUCUAGUCUCAAGUGA